AUGCAGCAGUCUCGAGCCCAAAACGAGGACUCCAUGCUCGAGGAACAGCGGCGACUGAAGUACAAGGGUACUGCUCGCAUCUGUCUCGACGUGCUCUUUUUCCGCCAAGAUCAGCCACGUGAAUACAGCAAGAGACAAGCGGACUUCCUGGUGGAUUGUUUUCAGAAGGAAGGAUGUCAUCGAGUGCCUUUCUGCAAUUACGUCCCUGCGAUCAUCAACCAGGAAAACCUUGAUGCCGCAUUGGAGCGGUUGGGGAGGACGGCAGACGACUUGCUGACUAAUGAUGAGGUGCCUGACUAUCCCCUGCUAGAAUUCCCGACCGGCUUCCAUCUUGAGUGUCUCCACGGCCGGCACAGGAUCGAAGCUGGGCGUGAAUUUCUCCAUCCUGGGGAGGAUUGGUGGACAGUUUAUCUGUACCUCGCAGACCUGAACGUCGACCUAAAGACAUGCCUCGUUGAAGAAUACGCCAACGAGGAGAAGCCCUCCGAUGGCGAGAUUUACUACAAGAUGCGACGCUACCAUUUCCAGCGGAAUUUCAGCUUUGAAAUGCGGUGGAAGGCGCUCCUGUGA